AUGUCCUUGAUUUCUGCCUUGUAUCUUCUACUCGGUGUUUCAACCGCCAAGUACAUUGUGCCUGGCGGGCGAUGGCACGAUACCGACGGAAACCUUGUCAAUGCCCAUGCGGGAUGUGUCACUGUUGAUCAAGACACGGGCAAGUUUUGGCUGUUUGGAGAAUACAAGGUCGAGGGCCAGAUUGAAGGCGGAGGGGUCUCGGUGUACAGCUCCGAUGAUCUCGCAACUUGGAAGAGUCAUGGACUUGCUCUCGAGCCUAUCGCAGAUCACCCCUACAUCUCCCCAUCGAACAUCAUCCAACGGCCCAAGGUGGUUUACAGCGAGUCUACGAAGGAAUACCAUCUCUGGUGGCACGCCGACAACUCGACCUACGGUCUCCUUCUCCAAGGCCUGGCCCGUUCCCCUAACAUCUCCGGCCCCUACACCUUCGACAGCGCAACCGCCCCGCUAGGCAACUGGUCCCAAGACUUCGGCCUGUUCACCGACUACAAAGACGGCCGAUCCUACGCCUUGUAUUCCAACGGUGACAGCCGAGACGGUCGGGAUGUCUACAUCUCGGCCUACAAUGAGGACACCACCGCACUCGAAAAGGUUGUCCACCGGUUCGACAAGUUCGACCUUGAAGCCCCCUCCAUCGUGCAGACGGACAAGAGUUACUACGCCCUGAUGAGCCACAAAACAGGAUACCGCCCCAACAAUGUAGUCGCGUUCCGCGCUGACUCCCUGGCUGGGCCUUGGUCGCAGCCGUUCACGGUAGCGCCGCUUAACACCCGGACGUUUAACUCCCAGUCGGGGUUUACGUUGACGAUCAAGGGGACGAAGAAGAAGACGUAUCUCUACCUCGGUGAUCAGUGGGACUCUAACUCGUUGUGGGAGAGCCGCUACAUCUGGCUGCCUAUGGAAAUUGACGACAAGAAGAAGACGCUGGAAUUGGAGUGGCAUGACGUGUAUGACUUGGAUGUGAAGACCGGUGAGUGGGCACCCGUUAAGGGGACGACUUACUUGGCGGCCGAUGCGAAGACAGCUGGGAAUGCCUUCAAGCAAGAAGCGAACUUCGCCAGCAAGGGCGUCAUUGCAACCGGGAUCUACGGAAAUGAUAGUACGGUGACUUUCGAGGACAUCAAGGGCACGGGUAAGCCGCAGUGGGUGUCGUUUUAUUAUCAGAACACGGACGAUAUGGGGUUUGGUGACCAGCCGGGAGGAUCGCCGGACCGGAUUGGGGGCGCGUGGCAGCUGCGGCGAGUUGCGAGUGUGAUUGUUAAUGGAGGCACCGAGAAGGUGGAAACUUUGUUCCAGAGGGAUACGAACAAGGGGGUAAUUAUUUCGACGCCGCUGCUUUUGACGCUGAAGGAGGGUAAGGGCAAUACGAUCACGGUUGGGGGGUUGUGGAAUGGGUUUGAUUAUAAGGGGGCGGAUUUGGACAAGAUCGUUGUGUACCCGCCAGAGGGAAGCGGACCUUGA